GUUUCUUUCGUGAUUGCUGCUAUUUAGAAAAGUUACCCUAAAACGCAGGCGAGGUCACAACACUCUAAACAGGAAGCUUCCCUACUGCUGCUGAUCUCAUUGAAUCUUAGCCAGAAUAACCCUCUCUUCACAACAAACAGAGGAGCAACCUCUGGCAGCGUAAUCAGCAGGCUGCUACAGCUGCAUUAUAGCAGGAUCAGAUUGCAUUUUUCCCAUUGUAUCUCCCCCGCUCCCAAGUCCUAUCUUCAACAAGAAUUGAUAGCAGAGAAGCAAGCUCAACCGGCUUCAGGAAUUCGCCAAUUCUCUUUCAAGAACUGCUUACAGGAAUUUGGUUGAAAGAUGAAAGAAAUGAAGAGAGGCUGUUUCUUAGUUACUACCUUACUCCUGUUGUUGGGCUGUGUCCCAUGGCAUGCGACUGCAGACUCAAAAGAUGGAGAAGACGACCAGGAUAUCCCAGGUGCUGCUUUACCACCACUGAAGCUAGGAAAUUCAAUCUGUGCUUUGAAGGCAGAUGGCGGUGACUGUAAAGCAAUAUAUACAAGGUAUUACUUCAACAUUCAAACCCGCCAGUGUGAGAUGUUUGAAUACGGUGGAUGCCAUGGCAAUGAGAACAACUUCAUAACACUAGAAGAAUGCCAGGAUAUGUGCGUGGUAUCAGAAUUCCCAGUGAAGAAAACCCGUGGAAGAUUUGGAAAAGAAAAGCCCAACUUCUGUUUUAUGGAGCAAGACCCUGGAAUCUGCCGAGGCUAUUUUUCCAGAUAUUUCUAUAACAAGGAGUCACAGCAGUGUGAAAAGUUCAAGUAUGGUGGAUGCCUGGGAAAUCAGAACAACUUUAAGGCCUUGGAAGAAUGCCAGAUUGCCUGCCAGGACAAUUCAAAUUCAUUGCAAUUAGACCAACAUGCAGAACACCCCAUCAUGAUGAACAAUAGCUCUCCCGUUGCAAAGCCCAGUGAGUUUCCAAGGCUUUUGGUUUUCUCAAUGUUUUUAGAACCACCUCCUCUCCCUUCUCUCUGCAUGACUCCUGCGGAUCGAGGCCUUUGCAAAGCCAAUGAGAAAAGAUUCUUCUAUGAUCACUCAACUGGAAGAUGCCAUCCAUUUAGCUACAGUGGGUGCGGUGGGAAUGAAAAUAAUUUCACCUCCAAAAACUCAUGUCUGAAGACCUGUAAGAAAGAUUUCAGUAAAAAACAAGGACGAAGAGGUUUAUUGAAAAUCAAGCGAAAAAGAAAGAAACAGCCAGUGAAGGUGACGGAAGAUGAAAUCAUCAUUGAAAGGAUAUAACUUCUGCUGUUAUAAAAGAGAAAUGUGAACUACUCCAUUAUCUUUCAUCUGUGAACAAAAGUAUUAACGACAGCAUUUUGAAACUCCUUACUGUACUGAUCAUUUGAUUAUACAUUAUUGGAUGGCUUAUCUAUUUUGUUUUGUUUUGUAUUCCUCUUUCAUGUGUGCUAAGUGAUCAGCAUUUAAUUUUUCUCUGAUAAACUUAGUUAAGAAUGCAGUUUGGCAACGUACACUCACCAACAGAGCUGAGGUAGGACAAAACAGACUGUGGGUGUAUAUCUGAGCCACAAUGAUUCAAAGAUCAGGCAGGCUUCACCUAGUCUGUUUUAUUGUCUUGUUUGUCUCCCUCUGGAAACUUUCUUCUCAAAAGGACGUAUAGUGCUUUUUAUAUAGGAGAAUGAAUAAUUCAUUCCUGAAUACAGAUAGAGAGCUAUUGCUAAAAAGAGAGACUGGGCCUGAUUCUGAUCUCAUUUAUUAUACAUUGUGUAAACCAGGUCUUAACUCUGCUGGAGUCCGUGGAGCCAGACUGCUGUAAAUAGGGUGUAGGAUCAGAGUUAGUCCCACUAAGACCACAAAGAGAAUAUUCAAGUCAUAAACGUGUGGAGAAAUGUCACUGUGGAUAUUCACAAAGCCCAAAGUAUAUCAGGGACACCGAUCUCUACAGUUGAAGUCAUCAAGCCUCACCUUGUUGUGGCAAUGGAGACAUGGCUGACAAGAUAAUAGUUCCCCAUAAAGCAUGUAUAUCUUUGUCUAUUUACAAAAAAUUGUAAGUAAGUUGGGCAUUUUAAAGGUUUCAUGACAUGUCCUGUCCCUUUGAAAAUAUAAUAGAUGCUGGAUAGGUUUGGUUUGGUUUUGUUUGUUUUUUAAAAAGAGCAUUUAUCAUUUGGCAAUAAAGGCUUUGUAUAUAUAAAAAUGAACUGGUUUUCAGAAUACUUAUCUUAAUUGAUAUGGCCCUACUUCCAUGAUAUGUGAGCCCCUCACACUCAUAAAUAUACCUUUCCUCACUAUACUGUUGAGCCAUACGAAAUUGUUCUUAUCACUGAUUUACAGACAGGGAACUGAAACAGAGAAACUAAAGGCCAGAUUUUUAAAGGUAUUUUGGUGCUUAAAAAUGUAGAUGGGUACUUUGGAAAAUCCCAGUAGGUACCUAUCUGCUUUUUUAGGCACUUAAAUACCUGGCCCUAUGUGACUGUUUCAAGUCACACAGAAAAUUGUUGCAGAAGAAGGAACUGAAGCUAUGUCUGCUAUGUACAAAGAUAGUGCCUCAGCCACUGAACCAUCCUUCUGUUUAGUAUGAGUUGUCUGAGUGAUUUCAGAAGCCUAUGUGUUUUGUAUUGUUUGUCCUCUGCUACAUUUUGUGCUACUACUGCUUUGAAAAAUGCUUCUAGGACUGAAAUACUCACUAGAAAAUAUGAUGCCUUAGUCUUGUAUCUUUAAUAAAACUCUGUGAGGAGCAAAGAAUUAUAAUGUGAUAACUGCUUGACUGGACCAAAUUGAGCUCUUCUUCACCAGUGCAAAUCCAGAAUAACUCCAAUAACUAGUGAAGAUCAAUAGUGUCGUUUCUCCCCACGUGUAAUGGGUCUGAUUCUGAUCUCACUUACUGCAGUUCAAAGUCUACACUGGGGUAACCAACAGCAUAACUUGCUCCAGCAAUCACAUUAUGACUGCACUCCUCAGUCCCAGUGAAGCAUGUUAGGAUCUUUGGCUGAAAGAUUCAGUAUACUGGGAAAAUCAGAUGAAAAUAUGUUAAAUCAAACCUAGAAUGAGAAACAUAUUCAGUAUUAUAUAAGGAAGCUUAGUCAUAAAGUGUGCAGAUUAUGAACUGCAUUGUAAUGGAGCAGAUAACUUUAUUAGACAUCUGGGCAAGUUAGUAAUGAUAAGUGCAGCUAGAAGGCCUGAUCUUGCAUGGUUAUGCAGGCUAAACUCCCAUUGAGUUUAACUGUAUGUAUCAGAACUGUCUUGUCCAAUCAUUGUAAUAUAGCGAUAUGCACAAUUGUGGGAAACAGAAUCUUGGUUUUUCAUUUUAGCUGAAAAUGAGCCCCUCCAGCAGGGUUGUGACUCCCUCCUCCCCCCCUUGCAGCAUUCUGAGGUGUUGGCUUAGUACUAGCUCAAAGGAAAAACUGCCCCCUACUGAAUCUCCAACCCUACUUUCUGGAGCACCUGGGUCUGUCUUGGAGAGCACCCAUCCAAGCACUGUUUGUCAGCCAUCAGAAUCCUGCAGAGUAUAUGAGAUCUGCAGAGAUAUCAUCCUGAAGUGCUACAUGGAGCUCAAAAAUGCCAUUUUAAGAUAUUCUGGGCCUGGUUCUCACUUACACUAUGGGCCAUUAUACCACUCUGGCAAUAUCCCUUUAAGGCACCAUUACACUGCUAGAGCAGUAUAAAGGGGCCCUAGUGUAAACGAGCAUCAGGCCCCUAUUCUUUAGUAGUAAGAGCAGAGUUCUCAAACCAGCAGCAGUUCUAAGAUGGAUUUGCAUUGUCUUUUCUUAGGGAAAAUCCUUUCUUUUCCAUCAAGUCUGCUCCAUGGCUGCCAUUGCAACCCCAGGGUGUCACCGUUUGCAAUGUUGAGACUGUAAAGAAGCUUAAAGUAAUGGGACCUUCCGUAGUAUGUAAAUCAGACAAAUAUUAGUUUCACCUAUUACUUCAUGUACUAAGAAAACAUAUUGCAAGUGGAUUAAUUGUGUAUGUGUCUUCUUCAAUCCAAAGCAUUGUUACUAAAGUGAAAGCUGAAAUCAGACUUUCACUUUAUGCAAAACCCUGUCUUUACUGUGUGGUUUUUAUAAAAGUGAAAAUCUGCUAAAUAUUGUUUGCAAUAUUGUUAACCCUGUUGUCUUUUAAAACUGUAAUAACCAGGAGUUUCAUGAAACAUUGUUCUCUUCUUUUAUCCGUGCAUUUGUUUCUGUAUGGUAAUCUGGAUUUUGUAGCAUAGUAAUAAAUGGAAAAGUUUAUGAUA